AUGCGGUAUCUCUUCAAAGGAGUCCUCCAGCAGAGGUGCGUCCUCAGCGGGUGUAUUGUGGGCCGCUACGGCAAGAUCGGGCCUAAUUCGGUUCUCAAGGACUGUGAGGUACAAGAUGGUGUCAUGGUCGAGGAAGAGACAGACGCAAAGAAUGAGCAGUUUAUAAGCUUCGAGGGCCUUGAUGAAGAUGAAGAGGACGGUAUAGAUGUUGACGAUGACGAGGAUGAUAACGACCAGGCUUUCUAG